AUUUGGGCGGGAAGGAUUAGAGGGAGGCUCCCUGAGAAGGGGGACGGGUUCAGGCGUCCGCCUGGGAGCCAAUCGGAGGCCACGGCUGGAAAAAGGGGCGGAACCCGACGCGUAGGUAGUGCAGCCACCGUAGCCGGCGCGUAGCACGGCGCUGUCCCCGCGGUUUCCGUCUCUGCCCCGCGAGGAACAUGACCAUCCGGAGGCCCGUGGAAGCCUACGGCGGCGCUCAGUGGAGCCGUCAGGCAUUUCCCCCCAAAUCUUCCUCAGACACGGAGACAGAUGAGGAGCUGUCUGGGGAUGGGCUGGUUUUGCCUAGGGCGGGCAAACUUGAUGACUUCCUCAGCCCAGAGGAGGAGGCAGUUUCUGAUUCUUCUGACUCAACUGGGAGCUUUUCUGAGACUCUGGAGGCACUGAAGCAGAAAGGCAGGUGGUGCCUAUUGGAAUAUCUGUAUCCAUCUGACCCAGACAAUGGUGAGAACUUCUCCGAAGAUGAUGAGGACCUGGAGGGUUUCUUCCAAGACAAAGGCAGGGGGAAGCCACAGGUUCACUCCCCACCAUCUCCGAGGUGUGGCUCCGCAAGGCGCUGCAGCUCCCUAAGCAGCCUUCCCUCCGACGUCCCCAAGGGUCAGCUCCAGCCACCCUCAGGCGCCAGGCCUCCUUCGCAGCACAGAAGCAUCAGCUCCUGGGCAUCGUCCAUCACUGUCCCUCGGCCGUUCCGCAUGACACUGCGUGAGGCCCAGAAGAAGGCUCAGUGGCUGGCCUCUCCUGCUUCCUUUGAGCAGGAGAGGAAGCGGGCCCAGAGGCAGGGUCAGGAGGAGGCCGAGUGCUACCGUCAGUUCCGAGCACAGCCCGUGCCCGCGCACGUCCACCUGCCCCUGUACCAGGAGGUCAUGGAGCGCAGCGAGGCCCGCAGGCAGGCGGGGAUCCAGAAGAGGAAGGAGCUGCUGCUGUCCUCCAUGAAGCCCUUCAGCUUCCUCGUGAGGGAGGAGCAGAGAAAGGAAGCUGUUAAACACCGGGACGUGGCCGCCACAGCUAAGGCCCAGGUCCCCAAGCAGAAGGCCACCAGAAGGAUCCCCAAGUCCAUUCUGGAGCCAGCCCUCGGGGACAAGCUCCAGGAAGCUGAACUCCUCAGGAAAAUUCGCAUCCAGAUGAGAGCCCUAGACAUGCUCCAGACGGCCUCCUCCCCGGUCGCCUCCUCAGGCAGCCGGGCUGACCCACAGCUUCGCACAGCUGCCCGAACCCAGAAGGAAAAGCUUGGGUUUCUGCAGACUGACUUUGGAUUCCAGCCUCGUGUGAAUCCCGCCGUCCCUGACUACGAAGCCCUUUACAAGGCCUUCCAGAGAAGGGCUGCCAAGAGAAGGGACACCAGAGAGGUGACGUGCAACAAGCCUUUCUUGCUGAGAACCGGCAGCCUGCGUCGAGCUCAGCGGCCCUGUGACACCGCUCCGUCCGGAGGGAGGAGGGACUCUCCACAGCCACCAGCCACACCCCUGCCAAGGAGUCGGUCUCUGAGUGGCCUUGCUUCCCUCUCUGCCAACACCCUCCCAGUGCACAUCACAGAUGCCACCAGGAAGAGGGAAUCUGCAGUCAGAAGUUCACUUGAAAAAAAGGACAAAGCAGAUGAGAGUACUCAGUGGUUAGAGAUGCACAAAAAGAAGUGUCAAGCCAUGUCUAAAUCUGUGACCUUGCGUGCAAAAGCCAUGGAUCCCCAUAAAAGCCUGGAGGAGGUGUUCAAAGCAAAGCUGAAAGAGAAUCGGAACAAUGACCGUAAAAGAGCAAAAGAGUAUAAGAAAGAAUUGGAAGAAAUGAAGAAGAGAAUACAAACAAGGCCCUAUCUCUUUGAACAAGUUACCAAGGACCUUGCCAGGAAAGCAGCAGAACAACGGUAUCGAGACACCCUGAAGCAGGCUGGGCUGGAUGAAGACUUUGUGAAGAACAAGGGUCAGGGCACCCAGGAUGUACAAUGGAAGCAGCAAUCAGAAGUCCGUGACUGUCCCAGCACCCAUGAAACUACAAAACUCAGCACCAGAAAUCUACAGCAGGAUUUAGAAGAAUCUCUACAACAGCCUACAAGCCCCAAGAAAGAACUGGAAGAGCUGUCUUAUGAGUUGCUAAAUAAUUUCAAAUCACUUGUUUAAUCAUUAACACUUAAAAUUACUGUUUUCAAUAUUAACCAGCUGACUUGGGGUUGAGUCAGGGCAGGCAAAACUUGGCUUCUGAGUCAAUGGCUACUCUUGGAGAAGGGGGAAAAAGAGAAGUUCUAGGGGGGUUAAAAGCAGAUAACAAACAAGGAAUGGUUUAAGUAAAUCAAAGUAGAAAACCUCAGGACAGAGGGAUCAGAGCUGAGUUAAGCAUUCUAGCUUUGUGCCUACUUUUAAAAAAAGGACACAAGCCCAAAUACCUACAAGGGGCUAAUGAGGAAACAAAUGGAUCACUUGGGCUGAGUAUAAGAUAGUAGGAGACAGUAGAGACUGGAGUCUCUGCUACAACACAGGCCCAGAAUUGCCAGAUCAACCAAGUUUUCAACAGAAGCCAGAAAUUUGCAUACUGGCAACUAAUUUAAAAAUUACUUAGAAAUACUGUGUGGGAGUUAACAAAACACCUGCAGGAUGACAAGCUUGCAGCUUCUAGUACAUGGUUUCUCAGCUUCAGUACUAUUGACAUUUUGGGCCAGAUGAGUCUGCGUGGGUGCUGGCAGAGGGAGCUAUCCUGUACAUGGAUGUAGGAUGUUUAGCAGCAUCCCUGGCUUCUACUCACUAGAUGCCAGUAACUCCUUCUCUCCAGUUGUGACAAACAAAAAAUGUCUCUAGAUAUUGCUACAUGUGGAGCAUGGGUCAGGCAAAAAUGUUCCCAAUUAAGAACCACUGCUCUAGUAUAAAAGUAAGCCUGUAGGAAAUAAAAACUGGCAAUUUUAAGAAUACAAGAAAUUGAUAUGAACUCAAUCUACAUAACAGAGGAUGAUUAUUGCAUGUCAUUAACAAAUUAAGAACUAUAUUUAUUUAAAACAGCAGUUAAUUCUUUCCUGUUAUCUGCUUAGAAUAUGCCACUGUGUGCAUGGUAUGUAUAUAUCCCCAUGAGGAUCAUUUUAAAUAAAAGUGAAAAUUCUCUUGACAGACACGA